AUGACGGGUUGGAUCGGCUGUCCUGGGAGGCCCGUUCCAGAUCCCGCGGCUGUCCCACUUGAGAGUCAUAAGGAUCCAGAUGGACUACUUUCACCCUCUGGUGGCAUGGUACCUCUUGCGGUCGCUGCGUCUCUCAGUCGGUUCUCAUCUAAGCAGGAAAGUUCUGAUCUGACGGGAGAUGCGGUGGGACGGCGAAGACGAGCCAUGAUCCUUGUUCUCCUACUAGUAGGGGCGGCGGCGGCGGAGUACGGGGCCCAGAUGCAGUCCCGGGCGGUGGAGACCCGAGUCCAGUUCGAGGUCCCAGAAGGAAGGCCCAAGGGCACUAUCGUCGCGACUAUCCCGACCAAACCCGGCUUCACCUACCGCUUCAACGAGCCGCCCCGGGAGUUCACGCUCAACGGCACCACUGGGGAGAUAAGGACUACCACCGUGCUCGACCGGGAAGCUCUCCACAACGACCGCUUCGACCUCGUAGUGCUCUCCAGUCAACCUACCUAUCCCAUCGAAGUACGGAUAGUUGUAGUCGACAUCAACGACAACUCGCCCGAAUUCCCCGAACCGAGCAUUGCAGUGUCUUUUUCCGAAAGUUCUGUAGCGGGGACGAGGGUGCUACUCGACUCCGCUACUGACCUCGACUCAGGACAGAAUGGUGUUUCUGACGAUUAUAGAAUAGUAGCAGGUAAUGUCAAAGACAAAUUCCGGCUAGAAGUUACAGCCAACCCCAGCGGGGAAACAAGUUACCUUCAUUUACAAACGACGGGGGAUCUGGACCGAGAAGAAAGAUCACAUUACCAACUCAAUAUUUCUGCAAGAGAUGGAGGAACUCCAACCCGUUAUGGAUACCUUCAAGUAAACGUUACUAUAUUAGAUGUAAAUGAUAACCCACCAAUAUUCGACCACAGUGACUACAAUGUAUCCCUCAACGAAAGUGUAGUUCCCGGAACAAGAGUCUUACAAGUCAUGGCGACAGACAACGACAUAGGAGACAAUGCUAAAAUCACAUACUACCUUUCAGAGACCGAAAGGAAGUUCACUGUGGACCCGGAAACAGGUGUCAUAACGACGGCUGAACCUCUCGACUGCCCACAACAAAAUUGUCUACCAUCACCAAGGUUCGGAGGCGGUUGUCCGAAAAGUUGUGUGUUUACAGUGUACGCAAGGGAUCAUGGAUCGCCCCGUCAAGACGGAAGGACGUAUGUGACAGUGAAUCUAGUCGACGCAAACGAUCAUGAUCCCAUAAUUAAAUUUAGGUAUUUUCAUUCUGCAAAAGUAGAUUACGCCACAGUCGAUGAAAACGCGGUGAAUGGUUCUGUAGUAGCAGCAGUAUCUGUAAUGGAUCCUGACGAAGGGCUUAAUGGAGAAACCAGGGUGGAAAUAAAAGCAGGAAACGAGCUUAAUCAUUUUAGUUUAGAAUACAGCGAAACAUUUCACAUAGUAAGAGUAAAUGGAAUAUUAGAUAGGGAACAUAUUAACAAAUACAAUCUGACUAUAAUUGCAACGGAUAAAGGCACUCCACCGAGAACGGCUACUGCAUUUCUGAUUAUUCAUGUAAAUGAUGUUAAUGAUCACGAACCAGUUUUUGAAAAGACUGAAUACUCUGCUAUACUGAGUGAACUGGCUCCACCAGGUACAUAUGUAGCAGGGAUCACGGCCACAGAUGAGGACACUGGUGUCAACGCUCAAAUAUAUUACGCUUUCGUCUCAGGGAAUGAUCAUCUUUGGUUUGAAAUGGAUACUAAUUCUGGAUUAAUAACUACAAGAGCACCUCUAGAUAGAGAAAUACAAGGAACAGUUGAACUGAAAAUAUCAGCACGAGAUGGGGGGCCAAAUCCGAAAUGGGCAUACACACAUUUGAAAGUUAUAAUAUUAGAUGAAAAUGACGAAAAACCUAAAUUUUCUCAAGAAAAAUUAAAUGUGACCCUGUUAGAAAGUAAGCCCGCAAACACCUUAGUUGCAAUGCUGACGGCGGUUGAUCACGACCAAGGAACCAACGGUAGUGUCACAUAUUCCAUAGAUCCCGAUUCAGCAAUGAGGUAUCCAAAUGUAUUCAAUCUCAAUUCUCUAACAGGAAAGUUGACCAUAAAUACCAAACUCGAUAGGGAGUCAAUAUCACAUUACGAAGUCAGAGUAAUAGCCAAAGAUCAAGGAAAUCCACCACAAUCUUCAACAGCCACCGUAUUUCUCAGGGUUCAAGACGUCAAUGAUAACAGUCCAGUAUUUUAUCCUCAAGAGUAUUUCGAAUUACUGAGCGACAACCACCCAAUUGGAACCUCUAUAAUUAGGGUUACGGCUAGUGAUAAAGACGAGGGUGAAAAUGCUCUAUUAAAGUUCCACAUCGAGUCAGGAAGUGAUGGUAUAUUUCAAAUCGAUGAAAAAACUGGCGUGAUAAGUUUAAGGCAACACAUUUCUAACUUACAACAAAGCAUGUUUAAAUUAAAAGUCUCGGCAAGAGACAAAGGUGAAAGGAAAGCAGUUGAGGACGCAGUCGUGGAACUAAUCAGAGACACGCACGCAUCCCAGCUAGAGUUCGAUUAUGGAACGUACACGUUUAGCAUUCCAGAAGAUCACGACAAGAAGGAAGCAAGAAUAGGACGUAAAGUAGGUCGUGUGCAAGUGAAACAAAUGCAACCAGAGUUAAGAUAUUCUAUUGUUUUCGGUGAUCAAGAAAGAAGUUUCAAAAUCGAUGAGAAAACCGGUGAAAUAUUUACGAAAAAUAGAAUAGAUCGAGAAUUAUUUCCUAUGUACAGUUUAACAGUAAUGGCCAGAGCGGGAAUAUCAUAUGGGAAAUGUACUGUUAAUAUUACAAUUUUAGAUGAAAACGAUAAUGCACCUUUGUUUAAGAGACAGAAAGAACAUAUUACACUACCUGAAAAUGCAGCAGUAGGCCAAGAGGUGUAUCUUGCCAUGGCUAGGGAUAAGGAUGCAGGUACAAAUAGUCAAAUCACAUUCAGCUUGAGCUCGAAUCCCGACGAUAACUUUAGGAUAGUAGAUACAGGUGUCGUAUAUUUAAACAAACCAAUAAGGGUUGAACCAGGAACGUCAUUAAGUCUCGAAAUCAAAGCAUCUGAUUCUGGAGAUCCUCCUUUAUCUUCAAGGCAUACGGUCAUCGUUACAAUCGAAGAUGUAAACGACCAUACCCCCAUAUUCGACCACACAUCCUACGAAACUUCACUACUUGAAUCAACAGCAGUCAAUGACAGGUUUUUCGCAUUAGCGGCUAGUGAUGCAGACCUAGGAAGAAAUGGGCUCAUAUCCUACUUAAUUACAGAAGGGAAUUCGGAAGGGAAGUUUGGAGUGUUUCCAGAUGGUUACAUGUAUGUAAGAAGUCCAUUAGAUAGAGAGAAAAAAGAUUAUUAUUCAUUAACACUAAUGGCAAGAGACCAUGGAAAACCACCGAGAAGCUCAAUCGUUCCAGUCGUAAUCCAUGUCAUCGAUGAGAAUGACAACAGACCUGAAUUUACGAAUGAAACGUUCAAGUUCUAUAUUCGUGAAAAUGAGCCUCCGGACUCAUUCGUUGGCAAGUUGACAGCUACAGAUAAUGACAUAGGUCGGAAUGCAGAGUUGACUUUUUCAAUUAGUAAUGCUAAGAAUGAUUUCGCUAUUGAUCCCAAAAAUGGUUUUAUAAAAACACUUCAUAUGUUUGAUAGAGAAGAACUUUUGGAAAGAACAGGUCAAGAUUUUAUAACAUUAGAAGCUACUGUAUCAGAUAAUGGCAUCACAAGAUUGAAGGACAAGGUGAAAGUGGACAUUUACGUGACUGAUGUUAAUGAUAAUCCUCCUGAAUUUUUAAGGUUACCAUACAAAGUUCAGGUGUCGGAAGGAUCAACAGUUGGCACCCAGUUAAUCAGAGUAUUUACCACAGAUGCCGAUGAUGGUUUAAAUGGAGACGUGUUUUACACAUUAUCAAGUGGAAAUGAAGAAGGCAGAUUCAGUAUAGACGAAGCAACAGGUCAGAUCACUAUUGCAAGACAAUUGGAUCGAGAAACAAUGUCCAGGUAUCAGCUUACAGUAGUCGCCCAUGAUGCUGCAAUAACCGGUCGUUUAAGUGCUAUUACUACAGUUCUAGUCGAUAUUUUAGAUGAAAAUGAUAACGCACCAGAAUUUACACAAACAGAAUCUAAUAUUUUUGUCAAAGAGAAUACGCAAGUAAACACCAAACUGAUGGAGUUUCGAGCAUCUGAUGCAGAUUCUGGAAUGAACAGUGAAGUUUUCUUUUCCAUUGGAGGAGGAAACAGGCGAGAUACCUUUCAUGUCGAUGCUGCCACUGGUUCAUUAUAUCUUCAUAAAAUGUUGGAUUAUGAAGAUUUGAACAUUUAUGUAUUAAACAUCACAGCGUCGGACGGAGGGAAUCCGAGACUUUCAACAACCCUACUUUUCACUGUUAAUGUAGAAGACUGCAACGAUAACCCUCCUGCAUUUACUAAUACUGCUAUUGUGAGGCAAAUAGACGAAAGAAUUUUAGAGAACACUCCUAUAGUUACGGUUACAGCGGAAGAUCCAGACUCAGGAACAAAUGGAAACAUAACAUACUCCAUCAUAAAGCAAGAACCAGAAGAUCCAAACCAUCUAGAGAGAUUACAUUUCCAAAUAGAUCCCAGGACAGGUGUGAUUCGGACGUUGCUUCCUAUUGAUAGGGAGGAAGUAGAUACAUUCAGACUGACUGUUGUUGCUACAGAUCAAGCGGAACCUCCAUCAGCAAGGUUAUCGGCUGAAAAAUUAGUUACAGUCAUUGUGGAAGAUGUCAAUGAUAAUGCUCCAAUCUUUGUAUCAAUGACAGCAGCAGUUCUACUCCCGCCGAGAUCUCAUGGUCAAAGAGUCACGCAAGUCUUAGCAAGAGAUUUAGAUUCGGGGACAAAUGGUCUCGUAACGUAUGACUUAAUCAGUGGUAAUACAGACAUCUUCAGAGUGGAUAGAAACACUGGAGUGAUAUCGUUGAAGCGGUCGAUUCCCGACCCUGAGUCGAGAUACCAGAUAGCGGUAAAGGCCACAGACGAAGCUGUACAAUCAGAGAGGAGGUCUAUGGAUGCCUAUAUUACAGUAUUAUCUGUAGACGGAGAGGGUGGUUUACAGUUUGAAGGAGGAGAUCUGUUUGGGGCAGUGGCAGAAAACGAACCGCCGGGAUACAGUAUAGUGCGCGUGCGAGCGAGUGGAGGACCGGGCGAGGAGAUUGAGUUCUAUGUGACCAAUGUGACCAGUGAGGGGAGGCAAGGUGACCGCCUCUUCGACAUAGACAAAUCAGGAGUCUUGUCUACAGCUGCUGUUCUCGACAGGGAAACAGGAUUCGAAGAGUACCUUGUCGAGAUCUACGCCAUCGUAGUCAACUCGCCCAAGCCUAGAUCUGGAUCCACACAGGUGAGCUAA